UCAAGUAAUUCAAAUAGAUAUUCCACAAGUACAUAAUCCUAAAGAUGAUAUUCCUUAUUAUCAAGUCACAGUAACAGGAGAGGGUAAUUCUGUGAACUUUCAAUACGAGGGCUAUGUUUAUGUGGAAGAAAAGACGCUCUCUAUUUUCAUUAUAACGGACAAGGCAGUCUAUAAGCCUGGUCAAACUGUCAAGAUCAGAAUUCUCGCCGUGACACCAGAGCUAAAAAUUAUGAGAAAUGAGUCAAAGGACGUAGCCAUAAAGGACCCUAAGGGCAACACGAUCAGGCAGUGGAUGAACUUGAAAGAUUCCACACAAGGAGGUGUUGAUGAGUUGUAUUUUCAAUUAGCCGAUCACGUGCUUACCGGAGAUUGGCUCAUUACGGUCACAAUCAAGAGUAUUGAGGAAUCUCUUAUAUUUACAGUUGAUAAUUACGUUUUACCCACAUUUGAAGUAGAGUUGGACACGCCCUCGUUUGGCUUGUCUACUGAUGCGACCCUUGAUUUUACCGUCAGGGCUAGGUACACUUUCGGCCGCCCUGUGACACAAGCUGGUGUGAAAGUAAACAUCAAAUUGUUUUACGAUUUCUUGACCCCCGACACCGGCGGUGCAUUUUUAACUCUCACUGGACAGGUGAUAUUUGUUAUAUUUCCUAACGAUUGGUAG